GGGGUGUUGCAUGUAGGAAUGGAGAAGUAGUGUGAGUUUUUAAAAUUUGGGAGCUCUGAGGCAGUUUUAUUCUCAUGGCUUCACAUUCUUCCCCCAGCUCUGGCUUCUGUGGACUCUGCUUCUCCAGUAAAUGACUCGAGGAAAACUGACCAAUUCUUGCAGCUCUAAAAUUAUGGCUCAUGAUUUGGUGAUGUUCAGAGAUGUAGCUGUAGACUUUUCUCAGGAAGAGUGGGAAUGCCUGAACUCGUAUCAGAGGAAUUUGUACAGAGAUGUGAUAUUAGAGAACUAUAACAACUUGGUGUCACUGGGAUGGUCCAUUUCUAAGCCAGAUGUGAUUACCCUAUUAGAGCAAGGGAAAGAACCCUGGAUGGUUGUGAGGGGUGAGAAGAGAAGAUGGAAUCUAGAUUUGGAAUCCAGAUAUGACACUCAAAUGUGUGAAAUGAAUUUAUCUCAGUGGGAUAUAAUGGAAAGAAUUAGAAGUUGUGGCCUUAAAGACUCCUUUUUCAGAAAGGAUUGUGAAUAUAAAAAGUUUGAGGGACAAGAUGGUCCUCAAAAGGGAUAUUUCAGGCAAGUGAAAAAAACCACCUCUGAAAAAAUGCCUACUUACAGAAAACUUACAUCUCUUACUCUAUAUCAGAGAAUUCAUAAUAAAGAGAAACCCCAUGAAUGUGGGGACUGUGGGAAGGCUUUUAGAGUACGCCAACAACUUACUUUCCAUCAGAGAAUUCAUACUGGUGAGAAACCAUAUGAAUGUAAAGAAUGUGGAAAAGCGUUUAGGCAGUGUGCCCACCUUAGUCGACAUCAGAGAAUUCAUACUUCUGACAAACUCCUUGAAUGUAAAAAAUGUGGAAAGAUCUUUACGUGUGGCGCAGAUCUUCGAGUACAUCAGAGAAGUCAUGUAGGUGAGAAGCCCUAUGGAUGUAAGGAAUGUGGGAAGGCCUUUAGAGUGCGAGGACAACUUAAUCUCCAUCAAAGGAUUCAUACUGGCGAGAAACCCUAUGAAUGUAAGGAAUGUGGGAAGACCUUUAGACAGUAUGCACACCUUACUCGACAUCAGAGACUUAAUAUUGCUGAGAAAUGCUAUGAAUGUAAGGAAUGUGGGCAGACUUUUCUGUGUAGUACAGGCCUUAGAGUACAUCACAAACUUCAUACUGGUGAAAAACCCUAUGAAUGUAAGGAAUGUGGGAAGGCCUUUAGAGUGCGGCAACAACUUACUCUCCAUCAGAGAAUUCAUACUGGUGAGAAACCCUAUGAUUGUAAGGAAUGUGGGAAGACCUUUAGUCGUGGCUAUCAUCUGACUCUCCAUCAGAGAAUUCAUACUGGUGAGAAACCUUAUGAAUGUAAGGAAUGUCAGAAGUUCUUUCGGCGUUACUCAGAACUUAUUUCACAUAAGGGUAUUCAUAUUGGAGAGAAACCCUAUGAUUGUAAGGAAUGUGGGAAGGCCUUUAGAUUGUUCUCACAACUCACCCAACAUCAGAGUAUUCAUUUUGGUGAGAAACCUUAUAAGUGUAAGGAAUGUGAGAAGAGUUUUAGACUGUUCUCUCAACUUACUCAACAUCAGAGUAUUCAUACUGGUGAGAAACCUUAUGACUGUAAGGAAUGUGGGAAGGCCUUUAGACUUCAUUCAUCACUUAUUCAGCAUCAGAGAAUUCAUUCUGGUGAGAAACCAUACACGUGUAAGGAAUGUAAGAAGGCAUUUAGACAACAUUCACAUCUUACUUAUCAUCAGCGAGUUCAUAAUAAUGGUGAGAAACCUUAUGAGUGUAUAGAAUGUGGGAAGGCCUUUGGUCGUAGUUCUGAUCUGAUUCAACAUCAGAAAAUUCAUACUAAUGAAAAACCUUAUCAAUGCAAAGCAUGUGGGAAGGCCUUUAUUCGUGGUUCACAGCUCACUGAACAUCAGAGAGUUCAUACAGGAGAGAAACCGUACGAAUGUGAGAAAUGUGGAAAAGCCUUUAGCUAUUGUUCACAAUAUACUCUCCAUCAGAGAAUUCAUAGUGGUGAAAAACCCUAUGAAUGUAAGGAAUGUGGGAAGGCCUUUAUUCUUGGCUCUCAACUUACUUACCAUCAGAGAAUUCAUAGUGGGGAGAAACCUUAUGAGUGUAAGGAAUGUGGAAAGGCCUUUAUUCUUGGUUCACACCUUAUUUAUCAUCAAAGAGUUCAUACUGGUGAAAAGCCUUACAGAUGUAAAGAAUGUGGGAAGGCCUUUUUAUGUGCCUCCCAACUUAAUGAACAUCAGAGAAUUCAUACAGGUGAGAAACCCUAUGAAUGUAAAGAAUGUGGGAAGGCCUUUUUUCGUGGCUCACAACUUACUUACCACCUGAGAGUUCAUACAGGUGAGAGACCCUAUAAAUGCAAAGCAUGUGGGAAAGCUUUUAUUUCUAAUUCUAAUCUUACUCAACAUCAGAGAAUCCAUACAGGUGAGAAACCCUACAAAUGUAAAGAAUGUGAGAAGGCCUUUAUUUGUGGCAAACAACUUAGUGAACAUCAGAGAAUUCAUACAGGUGAGAAACCCUUUGAAUGUAAGGAAUGUGGAAAGGCCUUUAUUCGUGGUGCGUAUCUUACUCAACAUGAGAAAAUUCAUGGUGAGAAACAUUAUGAAUGUAAGGAAUGUGGGAAGACCUUUUUUCGUGCCACACAACUUAUGUAUCAUCAGAGAAUUCAUACAGGUGAAAAACCCUACAAAUGUAAGGAAUGUGACAAGGCUUUUAUUUAUGGCUCACAACUUAGUGAACACCAGAGAAUUCAUAAAGGUGAAAAGCCCUAUGAAUGUAAACAAUGUGGGAAGGCCUUUAUUCGUGGCUCACACCUUCCUGAACACCUAAGAACUCAUCUGGUGAGAAAGCCUAUGAAUGUAAGGAAUGUGGGAAGGCCUUUAGUCGUGGCUCAGAACUUACUCUACAUCAAAGGAUCCAUACUGGUGAGAAACCCUAUGCGUGUGUCCAAUGUGGUAAAGACUUUCGACGUCAUUCACAACUCACUCAACACAUGAGGCUUCAUAAUUGAGAAAGCCUUGAAUGUGAUUUAAUAUAAGAAACCUUCACCUAUCUUCAACAGCUCUGGAAUAUUAGAGAACAUAUGUUAUGUUUAUAAUGAAUGUAGGAUUGUGCUCAAAAUCAACUCAGUUUUAGAAAGCCUAUAUUAACUUAAUGAAUGCAGAAAUGACUUCUGGAACCCAUUAAACAUUUUUAAAAAAUCUUUAUAACCCUGGAAUGUAAUGCUGAAUUAUAUCCUUUAUUGAGCACCAUCUCUAUUUCACCGUUUCUUAACUGUGAAAUUCGAUGUUACUUAAGUUCUCUGUGCCUCAGUUUCU